GGGCGCUGUUCAUUUGAAGACUCAAACUUUGAGUGAUAAGUGAAGUCGGAAUAAUUUCGGAAAGGAAAAGAACCAGCUCUUCGCGAGAUAAGAUAGCCGGAUCCUACCUGCCAUGGAGGAAAGCUGAGGUCUCAAGCUCCAGAAUGAUGUAAAUGUUGGUCAAAGAGAAGGAUAAAGACAAGGACACCACCGGCAGUAAAUCUUGGGAGCCUAGACACUGCGGCAUGGAGGAAGGCCAAGGAAGGCCAAGGGGGAAGGCCAAGUCCAGAAGCCUCCUCAGAAUGAUGAAAACGAAGGACAAAGACAAUGACGUGGGCAAUGAGACCAAGGGCGACAACCUCCUCCGAAUGAUGAAUGCUAGCAGGGAGUAUAUGAACUGCAUUGUAUGCUGUUCCACUAGUAGGAAAAUAUUUAUGAUAUGCUGUGAAUACUGUCAUGAGUGGUACCAUAGGGACUGCAGUGGCAUAGGAAGAGAUGCCUCUAAUCGCAUCAUCAAAAAUACAUGCCCACCAUGCGCUUCAAUAUCAAAGCUCAAUGCAGAAGAGGAAGAGGCAGGCAAGGACAUGGCCGAGCAGGAGGAGGAGGCCAUCAAGGCAACAGGGACAGCAGUGAGGCAACAAAGGCGAUUCCCAUGCGGUCAGUGUGAGCCUUGCAAGGUUGUCGACGACUGUGGAAAGUGUAGUUUCUGUCUUGAUAAGACGAAGUUUGGGGGCCAGAACAAAUGGAGACAGAAGUGUUUGUUCAGAACGUGCAUCCGAAUGGCCAGUGAUAAGAAGAAGUUCGGGGGCGAAGACAUUUGGAAACGGAAUUUGACCCAUAAUCCUACUCCCACUAUUGAUGUCAGCUUGGUGGAUCACAAUGACUACAUCGCAAGACCUGAGUCGGACCCUACAACAGAAAAGAAGAAACAGAAGAAAAAGAAGAAGAAAAAGGACAAAAAGAAGAAAAAACUAGAGGACAAAGAGAAACAGAAAGAACCAGAGAAGCGCAAGCAAUCCCAGCAGGAGCCCACCAUCGAUGAGCCACAACCCAAGCGAGUCUGCUUCCCAGCAGCUGAGGAAGACUUGCCCCAGGGUAAGACUACAGGUGCCAAAUCAGCGACGGCGGGGAAAACGGCCAGUAAGUUGGACACCUUGCUAAUUGCCAAUAAGGUCAAUCUUAUCGAAGAAGUUGAGAACUGCGGCACGAAAAACAGGACCGACAUCGCUGCGGAAUGGGGAAUUUCCAUAUCGGAACUGAAUGGAAUAAUGAGGAAAAAGGGAAUGGUGAUGGAGCAGUUCCGAAAGCAAUGUCUGAUUCAAGCAAGACAGGUAGAAGAAGCUGUCCUGAUGUGGUGCAAGGCUGCACAAGCCAUGAACAUUCUUGUGACAAGGCAGAUCUUAGAAGAAAAGGCAAAAUCCCUUGCCAAGAAGUUGGGCUUUCCCAACUUCACUGUAAGUGAUGGAUGGUUGGAUCUUUUUAAAGCGCGAAACAAUGUCUCCUUCAAUGUGGUUGCUAGAGCAGGUGCUGCCGGACUAUCAGAUGAAAGGAAAGCAUUGUCAAGUACCAGCCAACUUAGAGUACAUCAAAUGGUGAAAGAUUGGUUGACAACUGACCUAAGUCCACUCCUGGUAGUGUACAAACCGUCGAACAUUUUUAAUGCCAAUGAGACCGGCAUUUUUUACCGCCUUCUUCCUGACCGAUUGCUCGCAUUCAAGGGGAAGGCCUGCAAUGGCGGUGAGAGAAGCGAAGAACGUCUGACUGCCAUGGUGUGCGCCAACAUGGACGGAAGCGAAAAACUGCCCCUGCUUGUCAUUGGCAACACAAAGAAGCCACAGUGUUUGGCUAACGUGAAGUCGCUACCAACGCUGUAUGAGGCAAACAAAACAGCAUGGAUGACAUCCGACAUCUUUGAAGCAUGGGCUCGUAAUAUCGACAAAAUGUGCCAAAAGAAAAACCGAAAGAUCGCCAUAGUCAUCGACAGCUGUCCUGCACAUCCCCACAUCACUGGUUUGAAGAGCGUCACUCUAGUCUUCCUUUCCCCCUUACAGCUGCCAAUCUCCAGCCUAUGGAACAAGGUAUCAUUCGAAACUUGAAAAUGCACUACCGCCGCCAACUCAUCACAUCAUUCCUUGCAGCAGUAGACAGGAAGGAGAAGUACAACCCCACCGUGCUGGAUGCUAUGAUUCUCCUCAAGAAAUCCUGGAAGAUGGUCAAGGACACUACCAUCUCCCACUGCUUUAAACUUGCUGGCUUUGAGAGAAAAAGGACCGCUACCGUCCUGGACAUCGAAACAGCUAAGCCUGACGUUGACAUCAACGCAGCCACUGAAGACAAGGACCUCUUUGAUCAACUGAGAGAUACGGGGAUGGAUAUUCCAUGGGAAACAACGCUCAAAUCUUACGCCGCAGUUGACGCAGAUGUUCGAUGCACCACGGGGCUCUCCGAUGAUGCCAUCCUAGGUGCAGUGUCCUCCAGCGUAGCAGAAGUUAACAAUGUUGAAGAUGAUGUUGAAUCCCGAACCCCUCGCCCUACUGUCUCCAUUGCAGAGGCCAUGCUACACCUGGACAAGUUGCAAGACUUUGCACUGCAGAAUGAUCACACUGAGGGCAUGCUAGACGCCAUCUGUGACAUAGACCAAGUCAUUGGUCUCGUUCAAAAAGACAAGGCAACAAAGAAAACCUAUGGAUCACAGACUCUUGCAAGCACUCAACAGCUGGGACCCUGAAACUUUCCCCUUUCAAGUUCACAUGGCCAGGGUUCGACCUUAACUUUUUUUCACUAGCCAGCCGGUCAGAGAUGUAAUGAGUCACUUCUUCUUUCGUAUGAUUUGCUGACCACUAUACAAUUUCGUGCAGCUGAUGUAGCCAUGUGACAGUCUCCGGGGUUGGGUUGGUAAGAUCUAUGUGGAGAUCUCCAGGCGGUCCGAGGUCCGGGCACUCAAACAGGAUGUGGUGUGCAGUCUGUUCAGGGGUACCACAUACGCAGGCCGCGGAGGGGCUCAAGCCCCAUCUGUGCAUGCUGGCAUUGAGACGUCCAACCCCGGUGCGCAGGCGAUUGAGAGUGACCCAAUCUCUGCGGGGGAGGUUAGCACCUGGUGGAAGUUUAGUACUCGGACAGGUGGCGAACUGGAUUGGUCUCUCAGUCUCUUGCCAGUUGCUUUCCCAUUGUUCCAUGAGGUUGAAGUUGGAACACUCGGGGGAAACUGCAUGACGGCCGAAGGGGUGACGAGAGCUGAGACGUUUUCUGCCGAGAUCUUCAGCAGCCUUGAUGCACUCGUGCAGAAUGUGAUUGUCAUCUUGGGAGGCCUUCUCCGCCAGCACGUGCAUAUGAUGUUCUCUGCGGAGCGCUGGGGGGGCAAUGCCGGAUAGCACUGGGAGGAGCUUCACGGGUGUAGGUCGAAGGCAUCCAGUGAUUAGCCUCAUGGUGUCCUUGAGGAUGACAUCCAGCUUCUUGGUAUGUGUGCUUCUGCACCAGACAGGGGAGGCAUGUUCUGCGGAGCUGUAUACUAGAGCAAGCUCACUGAUUUUUGUGACUCGAGUCGAGUC